AUGGUAUUCUCUUCUUCAGGAUUAUGAUGAAAUAAAGAGUAUUAUGCUGAAAUCUUUAGGACAAACAUACUCAUCUGAUGAUAUCACCAACAUCAAUACUGCGUCUGGAAGAUGGAACACUUUUUUCAUCAAGUACGACUGCUGUGCUGUAAAAGAGGUGAUGGGAACAACAAAUGACUUUGAUACGACACCCUGGUGUACAACAUCUGGAUCUUGUCAACUUACUAAUUCACAGAUUCCUAAGACCUGCUGUAAGGAUGUAGGCAAGGACGACUACCAAAAUGCUCCAGCCACUUGUCAUGCUAGUGUCAACCCUGGAACCUUUAAAGAUGUAAAUGUUAAGGUUUUUUAA